CGGGCGCGGGGAGCAGCCAGGCCGGCGGCCCGGGGGGGACCAGGCGGCCUGCCCACGCGCUCCGGCGGCCCCGCGGCAGCUGCAGGGCGCGCGGAGCUCCGACCGCCGGAGCCGGGGCCGGAGCGGGGGUGCGCGCUCGGCCCAUGCUGGCGUCCGCCGAGCCGGGAUGAGGGCGCCCGCGCUGCUGCCGCCCGCGCUGCUGACCUGCUGCGGCUGGCUGCUCGCCCCCGUGAACAGUGUUCACCCAGAAUGUCGAUUUCAUCUGGAAAUACAGGAGGAAGAGACAAAAUGCACAGAGCUUCUAAGGACUCAAACAGGAAAAUACAAAGCCUGCACUGGUGUCUGGGACAACAUUACCUGCUGGCGCCCCGCGGACAUCGGCGAGACCGUCACCGUGCCCUGUCCCAAAGUGUUCAGCAACUUUUACAGCAAACCAGGAAACAUAAGCAAAAACUGCACGAGUCACGGCUGGUCAGAGAUGUUUCCCGACUUCGUGGACGCGUGCGGCUACAGUGACGCCGAGGACGACAGCAAGAUCACGUUCUACGUUCUGGUGAAAGCCGUUUACACGCUGGGCUACAGUGUCUCUCUGAUGUCCCUUACCACCGGGAGCCUCAUUCUGUGCCUCUUCCGGAAGCUGCACUGCACCCGGAACUACAUCCACCUGAACCUGUUUGUCUCCUUCAUCCUCCGAGCCGUCUCCGUGUUGGUCAAGGACGGUGUGCUGUACUCCAGCUCGGGCACAGGGCACUGCCCCGACCAGCCGUCCUCCUGGGUCGGCUGCAAGCUGAGCCUGGUGUUCUUCCAGUACUGCAUCACAGCGAACUUCUACUGGCUGCUGGUGGAGGGACUGUACCUGCACACCCUCCUGGUGGCCAUAUUCUCCCCCAGCCGGCGUUUCGUGGCCUACCUCCUGAUCGGAUGGGGCAUCCCCACCGUCUGCACAGCUGCAUGGACGGCAGCCAGGCUCUCCUUAGAAGACACAGGUUGCUGGGAUACCAAUGACCACGGUGUCCCCUGGUGGGUUAUACGGACACCGAUUCUGAUAUCGAUUAUAGUCAACUUUAUCCUUUUUGUUAGUAUCAUACGGAUUUUACUACAGAAGCUGACGUCCCCAGAUGUCGGCGGCACUGACCCAUCACAGUACAAACCACAUGGUUCCUGCCGGCAUCGAAGGCCAGGCCUCGUCCUGGAUAAUAAUUCGUGGUUUAUUGGCCAAAUGAUUACAUGAUGGAUUUCAUCAUGUCCGUUCAGUGGGAAAGAGAUCAGAGGUCAAGUAAUGCCACAAUCAUCCGGCUAAUUAAUGAGGACCUGGAGACUCGAUAAAAGAACGUGAAGAUUCUAUAAAUUUCUGUCCAGAACUUACAAAGGAAAUGCCCACAACUUAUUAUCAAGUAGAACUAGCUCAGCAUGGGGUGGUUGGUCCAGCCAGUGGGGGCCCCAGACUCAGACAGACAGCUGGAAUCACAGCCGCCUGGAGCUGUGCGACCCUGGACCGGUGACCUGACUACAGCCAGGGGUGGGCCUGGCAUUGGUGGCCAGGGGCCCUGUGCUGGGCUGACACACCAGCUGCAGGCCGGGGGGAUGUGACCUCACUGCUCUGGGCCUCAGUGUCCUCAUCUAUAAAGUGGAAAUGAUGAUCAUCUCUAAGGAGGGUAAAUACAGUUAGUACUGGAAAGACAUUUAGUGCCGGCACCAGUAAGUGUUGUGGGGAAAUCUGUGCACAGACCCUUCUGACCAUGCCCUAGGCUACACACAACCCGAGGCAUCCCUUUCUCUGCUCUGUCGACUCAAGGAAGCUACACAGAAGGCCAGACCUACAGACGAGAUUCCACAUCAGACCACAAAGGACAGAGCCAUGUCGUCCCUUGCAGGCAGCACCUGUCCUGGCCCCUGAGCCCGCCCGCGCCCACGGCAGGGACAGGACGGCUCUCCGUUGCUCUUCGAACUCAGUUUUUAUUUUCAGCUGGUCUUGUUUAGCUUCUGUGCUGACCUUUUCUUUGGGGUCUCUGGGAGUGUCCAUUCAGUACGUCUUAGAGAUACAUGUUUUUAUUUUAGAAACAAAAUUAAGUAGGAAAAUAUAAUCUGUUCUUUUCCCAGGAUGACAAAAGAAACAGAGUCUGCAAUGUUGCCCUCUGGUUGUAUCUUGAUGUCUUUUCUCUGGAACUAUCUUUAUAACAGUAACAAACGUCCCCGAACAGGGUCCCAGAGGUCCAGCCUUGCUAGAAAUCUGUCUCCAGAAAUGAGCAUGAUAGUGAUUCCACAUGUACCUAAGGGAAUUCAGGCAGACUUUGUGCCUCACACUGAACUGAAGGGCACAGCUCCCUACACAACCACCUUCGGCUCACCAGGCUAGCGCUGAAACAGGAUGAAAUGCAGCAACCUUGUGAGGUUAGAUGUUUGGAUCUGCAAGGGGACAGCGGUGUGACGCCCACUGAUGGGCUGUCCUUGUGGACGGGGCUGGACCACGUCCUGCUGCACAGCGACCGGGCUUCUGGGGUUUGCAUGGACGGCCCACUUGUAAACACCGCAGGAUAUGGUUCGUUUGUGGGGAAAUCAGGAGAAAUGGACACAUUUCUAGAACGUACAUCCCAGGCUCUGAGUGCUAGGUUCGAGGUCAGUGCCUUAAAAAUAUGUUAAGAAGUUCGUGACGUUUUCUAAGCAUUGGGUUAAGGCCGAGGAAGAGGAGGAGGCGGGGCAGGGGCGGAGUGGAGCCUUCCCGCUGGGUUCCUUCGGGAUCAGGCCGCCGGGUCCCUGCAGAGGCUACCAGAUGUUCAUUUAGGGGCCUUGAUAUGCACACACUCCACCGGGUGGCCUGACUUGGCCUAGGGCAGGAUCCUCCCUGACGAGCCCCCGGGGACCCCAGUGCCCCUGACGAGCCCCCGGGACCCCAGUGCUCCUGUCCAUGCUGGAGCUACAAGGACGAGAUCUGGCCACAGGCCAGGACGACCCAGGACACUUUAGAGCGGCCAGCGCGGGCCCCGCUGCGGGGACCUGGUUUAGUCGCUGUGAGGAGGCAGGCUGGACUGAGGACUCUAGAAGGUUCCACGGAUGACUCUCACACGCAGCAAGGAGAGGCCCCAGCUCAGAGCAGUGGCUCUCCAGUGGGAUCCAGACAGCAGAGGCAGCAUCUCUAGGAACCCGAGAGCCAGCCCCGCGAAGGUGGGGCCAGCAACCGGCCUUCGAACGGGACCCCCAGUAGAGAAAGGAGACGGUUUGCCGGGGCUUGGGGAGAGCAGCUAAAGGAAAGGGGCCGUGAGCUCGGCGGUCUUUCUUCCAGGCGUAGAGCCCAGCGAGCAGGAAGCUGCGUGUCCAUCAGGGAGGGCAGUGACUCCCCGACGGACAGAACAGCUACAUCGGGUCCAGGUCAACCAACCCCACGGAGCCGGGGGCACCCAGACCCCGGGGCGCCCGUCCCGCUGCCACACGGUGCUCGGGGGGCUGCCCCCCUGCUGAGUCUGCUCCUGUGAACACAGAGUCAGACUUGACGACCCGAGCGGGGAGGCUGCCCUCAGACGCAAGUCCUUGCUGGGGGCCCGGCAGGAGGUCUAGGAGGAACCUUGCAGCGUUAGGAGGUCCUGUUUGUCACCGGGCCAGCACGUUCUGCCCGCGGCUGGGCGGGGGAGGCUGGUUUUCCUCGGUCUGUGAGCAGCAGGGCUCCGAGGGUGAGGCCCUGGCCCUGGGCCAGCAAGCCCCCCCACCCCCGCCACUCCCGGAGCCCAGGGGCCGGCCCCGCGCUCAGCGUCUGUCUG